CAAUGGUACAAGAGGUCUUAAUGCGGUUAUACAAAGAAAAUCGAAAUGUGCUACAAAACACCUAAUGGUGUACUCCCUUUAUGAUCUCUCCCGCUGGUUGAAAGACUACCACCGUCAACGAUGUAUCAUAUUAGUUGACGAAUAUGACCAUCCUUUAGACAUAGCUGGAGCAUCCCACACUGCGACAAUUAAAAAAUUAAUUGGACAUUUAUCAGAAAGCAUACGAGAGCAACUAUCUGAAUUACUUUUAAAAGGAGCCAUUACGGUGAAAAUUAUAGAUGAUAUAGAUUAUAAGCAGUUAUCAUCUCAGCAUGCGUACCGAACAUUCUGGGCAUUUUUAUAUUACACCGGUUAUGUAACUAUGGAUACAAAUAAG